AUGGUUCGACUUCUGUUUGUUAUAUUAUUGACAGAUAUGAUCAUAUCUUUUAUUGUUGCCAGUUACACAUCAGAUAUGUUAGAUCGUUGUGCUAAUGAUACAGAAAUUAUUGAUCAUUUGCUGUUUGAUACAGCACAACAUUAUAAUAAGCAUAAACUGCCUUCAAGUCCAGUACAUGUUCGUAUAGAGAUGUGGGUUCAAGAAGUUACAUCAGUAUCAGAAUUGACACAAGAUUUCGAGAUAGAUUUGUAUAUGAAUGAGUAUUGGACUGACCCUGGGUUAGCAUACAGCUCACUUAAUCCUUGUCAAGGUAAUCUCUCAUUUGAUUGGACUGUUCUGCAAAACAUCUGGACUCCUAAUACGUGCUUUGUCAAUUCCAAAGCAGCUCAAAUUCACAGUUCGCCAUUUCGAAAUGUGUUUCUCAUGGUGUUCCCAAACGGAUCUAUAUGGUCAAAUUGGAGGAUCAAAAGCACUGGUCCAUGUACAAUGGAUUUAUCAAAAUUCCCAAUAGAUCAAAUAGAAUGUACUCUCACCUUUGAAUCUUUCAAUUAUAACAGGGAAGAAGUACACAUGGAAUGGAACUCCAUUCCCAUCAUCCAGUUCAAAGAUAUUGAACUACCAGAUUUCAGUAUGGUUAGAUUUAAUGUUUCAGCAAACAAAACGCGUUAUGCUGCGGGAUAUUGGGAUGAGUUAUCUGUGAACUUUCUAUUUCGUCGUCGCUAUGGAUGGUAUUUGCUACAAGGCUUUAUUCCCACGUAUAUGACGGUGUUCAUCUCUUGGAUACCAUUCUACUUAGGACCAAGAGCUAUUCCAGCCAGAACAAUGAUAGGUGUAAACGCUUUGUUAGCCAUGACCUUUCAAUUUGGAAGUAUCAUCCGUAAUCUUCCCCGUGUGUCAUAUGUGAAAGCAAUAGACGUGUGGAUGUUAAGUGGAAUAUCAUUCGUUUUUGCAUCUUUAAUUGAGUUGGCCACAAUAGGAUAUUUAACACGUGAUGAAGGACGUGUUAAUCCAUCAUCAAGUAUUGGUAGUAUUAGGUGGAAAGUACCUAAUGUUAAAGAACCAACUGGUAAAUCACGAAACAUGACCAUCUGUGAGAAUGUUGAUUAUUGGGCAAGGAUAGGAUUUCCAUUUAUAUAUUCUGUGUAUAAUGCCAUCUAUUGGCUUGUAUACAUGAGAAGUGCUAUGAAAGACGCUGUUAUGUGA